UGGCUUAUAACUACGCAGUAGAGGACAACACAGCCACUACAGAUGUAGCCUACUAUAUAUUGCAUACGUUUGUUAGUGAACGGCGAUUUAUUUGUCGUACGUCUGGUAAGGGCUGUAGUUUCUCAUGCAUGUGCAUCAUGAGAUCAGCUGAGUUGUUGCUCCUCCCCUCACAAUAGUGAACCUCACAGGAGUUCAAGAACACGGAACACAGCGCAGCAGAAAUGGCCAUGCUCAAAAUAGACCCGCAAACCGAUGUAAACGAUGCUGAAGACGGCGACUUCGUGUGUCCCGUGUGUUUGGAGAUAUUCGUCCAGCCCAUGACCACACAGUGCGGACAUACGUUCUGUAACGACUGCCUUCGGGAGUGUCUGCGGCCCCAGAGCCCCGUGUGUGCUGUCUGCAGGACUGAUCUACACAAGUGGGCUAAAAAUGACCGUUUACAAGACCUGAUGAAGAGAUCAAUCGGGAAGUGCAAAGGCUGUAAAAUUGAGGUUCUUGUGUCUGACAUGAGAAGCCACACAGGGGCUUGCUACAAAUAUCAAGACUAUAUCCAGGAGGGUAUGAAGUCCAUUUCAAAAGACCAGCCUUCCAUUGUCAGUUCAGUGCCGAACCGCUCCACGUUCACCUGCCCCUACUGUAAGAAGCAGAACUUUGACCAGGACGGGCUGGUUGAGCACUGCACCUCGAAACACUCCCGCGAUGCCCAGCCUGUGGUGUGUCCGAUAUGUGCCUCAAUGCCGUGGGGUGAUCCCAAUUACAAGAGUGCAAACUUCUUUCAACACCUCAGAAUACGACAUGCUUUUUCAUACGAUACGUUUGUGGACUACACCACAGAUGAGCAAGCCAUGAUGCGGGAAGCUCUACAGCGCUCUCUGGUGGAAAACUGACGUGAGGGACACGGACACACACACUCUCCACAGCCAAAAAAAACAAAAAAAACUAUGUUCAUGCUUUACAAAAAAAUUAUUCAUUAAUAAAUUAACAUAGAAGGGGAUUCAGGGCUAUUCUGAUAUGUUCUUCUGCACACACUAAAUCUGCAAUGCCAAAGUUGCAGUUGGUGUAAUUUUGGUGAUUUGCUUGUUCAAAUACAUUCAUAUAUAUCAUAUUUGACACAUUUCCAUUCUUAGCUGUCCAAAUAUAGAAAUAAGUUAAUCAAUCUACAAAUAAUUGAAACAGUAUAACCCAUUUCUCAUUUUAUGGGCUAGUUUGUAUAGCACAUUGGCAGAUUUUGUGGUACUAUAUAACAGAAAAGCCUGAUAUAAGUUUUUUUCUUUUCUUUUUCUGGAUGAUCGCAUGUACUGUUUAGGAAAUCUUCUGUUUAAAGGGAUAUUUCACCCAUA